UGAGCCAUGGUGAAGAACAAAGUUGAUCCGGCUGUUCCAGCACUUAAUCGUAAUGUAGCAUGGUGUUUCAAGCCGAUCUUUUUCUGGAUGCGCAUUUUUGGGAUCGAGCUCUACGAUAAAUGUUUCAGAUUUCGAAAAGCCAUCAAUCUUUAUGGUCUGCUUAUUUUACUUACUUGUCAAUGGGCAAGCGUAGAUUUUAUCGUAAUCAAAUUUUGGAAAAUUUCGUUUCCAUUUACCGAAACGAAUAAAGCGUUGAAUAUCUCAACUUCCACAACGUUAAGCUGGAAUGCCAGAAUAGAUGCUGCCAAUCACUUUUGUUUUAUAGCCAUUGUUUAUCCAGCUUUUUUCUACGUUGCUCAGAACCGAUGGCUACGUUUAUGGAAUGUUGUGGAAACAUUUGAUUUUGCUUACUGUAAAAUCGAUCAUACCAAAUUACGAAGAACGUUACUUAUCGGAUUCUUUCCAAUCCUAGCGGAAAUCUGCAUAAUUAUCUACAAAUUGCUAGUUUUAAUACCAAACUUCUCAAAUGAGUCCAAGUACAGGAUGUUCAUCACCGUUACUGCAUUUUUCGCAAAGAUUGUGCCAAUCAGUGUACUGGUCACGUAUUGCUCCAUUGUCUGGCUGACUUCUUUAUUUUAUAAAGGGAUCCAACAAGAUGUAGACAAUACCUGCAAAUUGAAUCAAGAAAACAUCCGUAAAUGGAGGGGCAGCCUGGUUUUAGCCAGUGAGGUGGUUGAGCGAAUAAACGAAACUUACGGACUCAUCUUAUUAAUAUCUAUAGCUCACUAUUUUGUGGAAUUUAUUGCCCGUUCUUUUUUCAUCGCCAACAGUAUUUCAAUGACCAACCAGCCCGACGGUAUCACGGUCAUAAGUGUGUCUUCGGAAGUCAUCUUCCUCUGGUUCAUGUUCUACAGCCCAUCCAGAAUUCAGUAUCAUGCAAGUAAAGUGGCAAGUUCACUGCGCAAAAUUGAUACUGCAGACAAUCAACUACAAAACCAGGUUUCGUUACUAGAACUGAGUAUUGUCCAAAAUUUACCUAAAUUAUCAGCCCUAGCUUUCUUUGAUGUCAAUCUUCAUUUAAUACCACAGUUAAUUGGUACCACUUUGACGUAUCUUUUCAUCCUCUACCAGUUCCAUUCUUCGGAGAAAAGUGAAUAAAGAAAAAAAAACUGUGUUUGAAAAUAUCAGAUAUAUAAUGGUGCUUUGUAAAAUAAUAUUGACUAACUAUCUUAAAAAAAUUUUUUUUAACGAUGAACAAUAAAGAUUCGAACCUGCGAAACCAGCAUGGCAGACGCGAACUAUGCUACAGCGUCAUAUCCCAAUCAACUAUUAGCUACCUAUUUAAAUGAGUGUACCCAAAGCUAAAUUUGGUUGGGAUGUGCGGUCCUGGCACAGUGGUUAUCACCCACGCUUUGUAUUCUGUAGUCAAAUCCUGCCAACUCCAAUAUUGAAGCCCUCCCUUCCCUCUACGCUCUCUUCCCACCACCCUCCCCUCCCU